GCUAGUGCUAGUGUCAAACUUGAAACUGUCAGUCAGAUAAUUCAGCUGAAAAAUACUUUUUCGAUUUUAAUAUUUUAAUGUGAAAUAAUUUCAGAGGUUGUAAAAUUAAAUAGAUAUUAUUUUAUUUUGUAAUUUGAAGGCCAUAUAGACCCCCAUUCUUUCAAAAAGGCGUUACCAAUACUUUGUCUUCAAAAAUGAUGGAUUUCAGCGUUCGCUGUCGGCACUUGAGUCGUCCAAAGCAUGUCCAUUUUUAAAUUAAAAAUUUGAUUGCAGUACCUACGUAAAAUAAUAAAGUGAAUAGGUAAAAUAAUCAAUACAAAACCUUGAUUAUUUAAGUGAUCUUGUAUUUUAAUUAAAUAUUUAUCACAAAAAACAUUCGCGAUGGGCGACGUUCAACAGAAUAUGGAUGACUUAGAGAUGCUUACAGCACUUUACGACUUUGAGGCAACACUUGCUAAAACCUUGAGUUUUUCGGAAGGGGAAUUCUUUUUCCUCCAACAGACAAAUACGAAGCAAAGAAACUGGUGGCAUGUUGUUAAUAGAAAAGGUCAUGUAGGAUUUGUGCCAUCAAAUUAUGUAGCUACAGUCAAGGUUGAGCCAGACUUCUUCUUAGCAUUUGUCAGUGACUGUAUCAAGAGCUUAAAUGAGUGUAACGCAAUGACAACCCAAAAGCAAGAGUUGUUAAUGAAACUAAAUGAGAAAAAGAAGCAACUUCAGGUACUAGUGAAGCCUCCAAGUAAGAAACAGCAAGCACCACAGCCGCCAGUGCAUUUAGAUGAGAACACCCCGCCUAAUGGAGUGUCCCCUUGCUUUGAUCUGCGACCUGUGGUAUCACAACAGCAUAUUUCUGAAGAGCAGCAGUCGUGUUCAUCACCAUCUAAGUCUAUGAACAGUGCAGUUACUAAGGAUAGUGAUGACGAUAAAAAGACUCCCAGUGUUAAAACAACUUCAAACCAACUGUCAUCUGACACUGACAAUCAAGAUGACAACAGUCAGGACAGCAGCGAGAGUAUCAAGCCUAACGCCAUCUAUGAGAUUGUGCAAGCUGUACGCAAGGAGACACAACUAAGCCAUGACAUGUCUAAAGUUGCUGUUGAAACUGUUUUGAUUUCUUUAAGAGAAUUCCUUCCUGGUGGUGCAGCGAGAUCAAUAAUCGACGCUCUCCUACGCGAAGCGAACAGUAACAUCACUUGCCCCAAGAACGCCAUUGACGCGGCGCCGGACGCUCUGCGCAUGAUGACAGCCCUCAACGUACUGUCCAAAGCGGCCAAUGAUGCCCAGCAGAGAGGCUGGGCCUUGCAUGACGAUGCCCACGACAUACAGACACAGUUGUUGGAGCUUAUUUCUGUUAUGUCGAAUGCUGAUGUGAACAUAUCUCAACAUGUCCUCAGCAGUCACCGCUACGUGUAUGUAACGACUUUGGUCCAGUAUUAUCAGAUGGAGACCCGCUGGCCGCUUAGACAACUCUUGUUACAGGCAUUCGGAGUGAUGUGCGGCUUGGAGCGGACAGCGCUGGCCACGCUGGCUCUGUCCGCGCUGCCCGCCGAGAUAGCGAGAGAUAUGCGCGACAACCCGCACGCCGUCAGCCGCCUGUCACACUCCGCUCUGUUGUUGUCUAUGGUCCUGUCUAUGGGAGACAAAUUACCCAUUACUCAUUUUGAACAACUGGGCGUGGAAUUUGCGCAGUUCCUCCUGGAAUUGAUAGAGAAUCCUCCAGAAACUGACAUGGACGAACAAAUACCGGACUUGUUCCUCACACUCCUGUUGGCAUACAACCUGCAAUUCGAGAACCCGUUCGAGAGUCUUCUGCUCAAUGCUCUCGAAUCUAUCGACAACGCUAAAACCUUUUGUGAAAAGGUUCUUUUGCUGCUCAAUCGGGAAGAAGAUCCAGUGCACAUAUUCGACCACGAGCCGGCGCCGCCGCACUCGGUGCUGAAGCUGGUGAUAGACCUGUUCAGCCGCAAGAAGACCGCCGACCACUUCUACACCAACGACCUCAAAGUGGCCAUCGGCAUCAUUGUGAGGCAGCUCGCUGACCUCUGUCCUGGAGAUAUCCGCCGUCAACAGUACCUCAAGAUACUUCAAGGCAUAGUGCGAAACACCGACUACGGCGCGCACUUGUACCGGCGCGACGACUUGCUGCGAUGCUUCGCGCGCAUCUUCUGCGAGGAGGGAGACCUCAGCCGCGACGACCAAGCGCUCGUGCGCGCCAUAUCGAACGAAUUCCCACAGUACUUCAAGGCUUAAGGUAUACAUUGUAUAGUCCACGGACUUGUAUUUAGCUAUAUGUCAAAUGUGUCAUGUUUCAGCUAGUUGUCAAUCUGGUCUAAUUUGGCAAUGUAUUCAGAUUUGUACGCGCCAUAUCGUACGAAUUCCCGCAGUACUUUAUGGCUUAAGGUAUAGAGAUUCGAGAGCUUACCAUUAUGCUAUGUCUGUAUGUACAUUGUAUAGUCCACGGACUUGUAUUUAGCUAUAUGUCCAAUGUAUAGUAAGAUUAGUGUCAUGUGUCAGCUAGUUGUCAAUCUGGUCUAAUUUGGCGAUAUAUUCAGAUGAUGUAGAUAUAAGUGUUUACUUUAUAAAACCAAUUAAUCACUUACAGUGCGACAUAAAGGAGUAGAAACUAAAUGAGGGAGCUGUUGUCAUUUAUUGUCGUUCUUAUGGCAACCCUAUGCUCUGUCAUACACUCGUGACUACAAUUACUACCUUGAUAAUAAUUGAUAUUUUGUUCAAGUUUUCAAUUGAUGUUACGUUGCCUAAUGUGUGGCGACGUUUACUUUAGAUAUCUUUAGAUAACUCUUGUGACGUCACUAAGCAAAUUAUGUAUGCUGUCAAAUGCCAUUGAAUGAAUAAGCUAAGUUUAGGUAAUUACAAGUCCGUGGUACAGUGAUUAAGUUCACUUAAGAGUCAAUUUCAUUAUUUGAAGACUCCAAAUACUAGUGUUACUACAUAUAAUUAUAUGUCUUACGCGAAUAGCUAAAAACCUCAUUUAUUCAAUACAAAUGCUCAAAAAUAUAAUUUUGGCUCACUUUCAAAUCUUAUUUGAGGAUAUUUUAUUAAUAGAGUGAAAAUUCGUAUUUAUAAAUGUAUAUUAUCAAACAUCAGACAAACGAAUUAAACAAAACAAAAAAAAUAAGAUAAGUUUCAAUAUUUAAAAUUAUAAAAAAAAAUCAAAUUCUAUAUGCACAAAGAUGAAUAUUAAUUACUGUUUUGUCUCAAAAUAUAAAGUCUAUGUCGAUUUUACAAAUAAGUACUCAUCUACUUGAAUGUUUAUUAGGAUAUUAAAAUUUAAAUCUAGUCGAUUAUAUCUAAUAAUCGUUUAAAUAUUUUUGGAAAUAUUACUAGCAACGCCUUGAUGUAACAUUUUAAGGUGAAUUUCAAAGAUAUUUCGAGAUGGAAAGUGAAAUUCGUAAUUGGCUGUGUUUAGUCUCUAUAGUCCCUUUCGCUUCGUUGUUAUACUAAACUUGUGAGUGUAAUUGUGAUGUGUGUACAUUUGUGUUGUUUUUGAACAGUAGUACGUGAUACUGCAAUAAUCAUACUAAAGCCAAACUAGAUAUGGAAAGUUUAUAAACAAACAGAUUCAGAAUGAAUGUAGAAAACGCAUGGCAUUUCAUAGCUAAUUUAUUUAAAAUAUGUAUUGAUUUUUUAUAAAAUGUUAUUUAAAAUAAAUUAACUAUAUCUAAGGUAAGAUCUAAGAUUAUUAAUCAAAUUUAUAGUCAUUGGUUGUAAAAUGACUAGCGAUUUUUUUAUAUCCAAUGUUCCCAUUCGCCUCCAACUAGUGAGGAAAGACACUAGCAAUUUUUUUGUUGGUAAAUAUUCUACAUUGAGUUUGGCUUUGUAUAUAUUAUACUACUUUAGUAUACCUACCUACCUUUAUAUAAAAGCUGACAGGUCGUCAGCCUAUUGACAGAUAGGCUGACAGGCUUUAAUCAUUUAUAAAAUAAGGUAAGUAUGUCUGGCAAUUGCAGGCUCUUAGUCCAUAGUUUUUAGGAGAUGUCUAAAAGAAAAAACGAUAGUCCGAGGGUGCGUAGUAAAUUUUGACAGGGUGUUUGAUUAAAGCUAGGAAAACCACAUAAUAUCUGGAUUCCUCUUCUGAGCAGUUCAAAGGGGAGAGGGAGGGAAUGAAUGCGCUUGGUAAUCUUUGAAUGAACUCAACCACCUCCUUAAAUAAACGACAUCAUUUUAACUAAAUAAAACAUUAGAAUCAUAAUAAAAGUUAUACAUUUAAGAGAACUACUAUAAUUUUUUAUUCGCGUCUAGCAGACGCCGCGCGGUAUAACGCGCGCGCGGAAUUUUUAUUUAUUAAAAAAAAAAUCAAUCAAAUCUCUCCUCAAAUAUAAAAUUAGUUUAAAUGACACACUCAAGAAUACGAUAAAAUAUUACUAUAUUUACUGUACUUUGGACUCCACAAAUCGUAUAUCAUAAGUCAGUUUAUUGUCAUGAUUUCGUCUAAAAUCAAACACCCCCACAAUCAAACACCCCCACAAAAAUAUUCGCACCUCGGACUAUAAAGCGUCAGUUAAAUACUUCAAAAUACUUGUUAAAAUAUAUUUAAAUAUUUAAAAUCAAUCAUAACUUCACUAUGAAAUUCUCUCUAGAGAUCUCAUUUAAUGAUCUUUUAUCAUUAAAUAUUAUAUAAAACUUAUUUUAAAUAAUAUUUAUAGAUAAAGUUAUUCUUAUUAAUGUUAUGAAAGUUACAAUUUUAAAUAAUUAAGAUUAUCAUCAUUUAUGUCUUCUAAAAGAUAAAUGGAUUCCAAGUGAGUGCGAGAGGUAAAAAUGUAAUAUGUAUUUUAGUGUUAACGUAAAGAUUUGUUUAGUUUAUAUAAAAAUGAAAUCAGCACAUAUAUUAUAGGUUAUGGAAAUCCAUUGGUUAAUUAUACAUUUUAUUUGUAUUUUUUUACAAUAUCGGUACUUAUUAGUAUUAGUAAAUAUAUUUAUUACUAGUUAUACUGUUAUGUUACGUGCCAUUUUUCGCGCCAAAGAUUUAGGUUAUACGCAGGCACUAAAUAGCUUAUGUAUUUGUCAAUUAUUCGUAUCAUAUUUACCGAUAGCCACAAAAUAUAUUUAUGUACAACCGGAAAAUGUAUUUUGUCUUACAUAGAUCAUAAUAUAUUAGUGUUUUGUAGGCCUAAAUAGAGUCAGAUUGUUGUAUUUUGUUGAUCUCCUAACAAAGUAUUAUUAUAUGUAUUUACAUUUAAAUAGAUUAAUGGAUAACAAUAUAGUUUAUUAAUGUAAAAUGAAUAUUUUUGCAUUUUAUUAUGUAAUACUUUGCUUAGCCCACCGAUAUACAUACUAUAUAAUAUUAAAUUAUAUAUAUGUGUUAUUACUUGUAUGCUUAGUUAUGGAACAUGUCAAAAUUUUGCAAUCCUCAUAGUUAUUAUAAGUAUGUAUUAUGUGUGUGUAUGUGUGUUUGUAAGACGUGUGUAUACUGUAUAUCUGUAAUUUGCCCCAAGUCCUCAAUGAAUCAUUGUAGUAUACAAUAUUUUAUUAUAAAAUUGUUAAUCAUUCCUUAAAUUUUAUUGUAGUUCUUUAGAUUAUCGACCAAUGCGCCAGGGUUAACAAUUAAAUUUAAAAUAUCAGUAGUAGAUUAUAUAAUUAUUCAUAUACACGGCCAGUGGCGUGAGUGUCGUAAAAACCCUUUAUUAUGAACAAACAAGGUAACGCAAAAUUCUCAUAGACUAUCUAUUUCGAAAAGUCCUUUCUUUUUUAUAUGUAGUGGUAAGAUAAAUGACAGACAGUAUGUUUGAGUGUAUAAACUGAAAGAGCAUACGGCAGAAGAAUAGCGGCGCAAUCGGAAAUACUGCUUUCAUUCCGUUGGGACAAAAGAGAUAGGACUGAGACAAUUGCGACAUAAUUGGUCGACAUUUUGUCUAUUUCUCUUCACUUAGUCACAUGCUGGGCCUACUUUUCACAAUACAAAGUCAAGUCAAAUUACAUACAAAGUCAAAUGGACUUUCCGGAAUAGAUUGACUAUACUAGUAUGAUCAAAUGAAAAUUCUCAUUGCUUUUUUUUUAAUUGAUAUUAUUUAAACGAAUAUACUUACGCUAGUCAAUGCCUUUUUCUUGAUGUAGAGCAACUACACUGGUCACUGGUAGCGCUAUAUAACCUUCAAUUGCAUUACAUUAUUUGCAAUACAUACUCGUAAUUUCUAAGUUUUGUAUAAUCAAAAAUCAAAAUCAAUAUUUAUUUAAUUCAAGUAAUAAGUUUACUUUUGAAAGGUCAAGUUUGGAGACUCUACUACCGGUUCGGAAUGCAGGUAUUGUUUCUAUUACUUCUUACUUCGUAUAAGAGAGGCAAAAGCCUUUCUUACGAACUCGAAAGUUUCAAUCUAUAUGUGGCAAAGUACUUACUCGUUAAUUAUCCUCAAAAAAUACAUAUUGAGAAAAGCUACCGGCUACGUCUGUGGUGACUUGCUGAAAUGCGUCGCAAAAAUCCCAAGAUGAUUCGCUUUGAGCAGCUAGCGUCUUAUGAAUCGGUGGACACCCGUUACUAUUGGUGCAAGAUAGAUGCCUUGGUAUGGAGUAAGAUUUACCUUCUACCUUGGUAUGGAGAGAGAUUCUUUCUUUCUUUCUUUUUAAAAAGAACAUUUGCCUUGUUUUUUUUUUCAAAAUAACCAAUAUUCCUAUUCCCUUCAAACUAUGGCCAGACUUUCGUCGUUUUGUCAUGUCCUGCUCGUACCAUGGGUAAGUAUGGAAGGCAAAACUUGGAGAUUGAAUCAUGGUGGCUUUGAGAGAAUGCAGAUUUCAUAAGUCCCGAUCUUCAGAUUUUAUUUUUCCAAGUCAAUGUAUUGUCCAAGUAUAAAGUAUUUUUUGUUUCUACUUUCUGAUAAAUCAUGCCCCUAACCGCCAGACACUUAGCUUCGUGGCAACUCUUCGCUAGAGUCUAAUCUUGGAUUGUAUUUUUCGAAGGGUUGACAAAUGUAAGAGAUUGGCCGUUGGCGUUUGAAAUUGACAUGGUUCCUUAUAUUUCGCCUGGGAAAUGACUGGCAAUUGAAAUUGACAAGAUUCCAUAUAUUUUACCUGGGAAAAGGACUAACGAUUGAAAUUGACAUGACUCCUUAGAUUUCGCCUGGAAGAAAAAAAUACGUUUGAUACCUUGAACAUUGGGUAUCUGAACCCUUUCCUGCUUUUGGGAGGUCUCCGCGGUCUUUGCCUAAUGUACCUAUGGCAGGAGCAUGGGCUGCGAGACUGAUUUCUAAAAUUGCGAGGGUCUGGUCACAUAGUCUAAGAGCCGAUCUAUCUAUUGAUGUCGCUUUGAGCUUGCUCAGAAUAUUGCCAAAAUUGUGAAUGUGAUUAUGAUAAUGAAUAGGCAUGUGAUUAUGAUCGUUGGUUGUAUGAAUGUUAUUAAAAUAAAUUCAUUUGAAUUUAAUGUGAAAAAAUUAAUUAUUAUUGAUAACAAAACUCAAUGUAAAGAUACUGUUAAAGAUUUAUUAUGCAACUUCAAAUAUAAUUGCAUAAAAUUAUAUUUAUUGUAAUUAAGUAUGACUCUAUGAGUAGGUAUUUACUAAAUGUACUCACCCUGUGUUGUCAUAGACUCCAAUGUACUCGUACGUUCAUAUUUUUUCUUCUAUAUUAAACCUACCCUGGUUUAAAAAAAUGCAGACGGUUAUCCGUGGUUAACCUGGUACGUACAUUUAGUAAGGCAUCAAAGUACUCUUUUUUAUUAUGAUUACUUGUUUCAAAAUAUUAACUGAUUAUAAUCGUCGUUUUAAAAUGUUUUCACAUUGUUUCAUGAAAUAGGGACUUCACGAAAAGAAUUGAAUAGGUAUUUAUUAAAAUUUGAUUAAAAUAAUUAAUUCAACAACUACAUAAUUGAUUUUUAUUACUUUUACUUCCACAACCUGUACAGUGUAUGUAUUUAAUGUGACUUUAAAAUAGAACCUCAUUUUUUCUUUUACUGUUUGAAAUGUGCAAACUUAAACUAUUAUUACUGAGAAUAAAUAAGUGUCAAUCUAAA